CGAAACACUUUUCCUUCUCGUAAUCCUUACACACCCUACAAACCCGCCCCCAUUCCUUUCAUUCCUUGUAUUUUAUACUGCCCUGAGAAAACAUCAUGAAGGCCGCUCUUUCCAUCCUUAUUUUCACCGUUUUCGCUGCUGUCAUGGUUGCAGCUCAGGACCAGCCCUACUUCAUCAUCAAGCCUACCCCUGGUGAGCCCGUCAAGGCUGGCGUUCCUUUCGAUUUUGAGUGGAACAAUGGCGCUGAUGAAGAAGUCACCAUUCACUUGCUCCAAGGCAAUGGUCGCGAGAGCAUGCUUCCUACCGGUACCUCCAUCAAGGCCGACGGCAAUGCCGGCAAAGUUAAAUUCGAGAUUCCCGCUGACUCUGAUCCCAAGGGCAACUAUGCUUUCCGCAUUGACUACGUGAGCGACAAGGGCAGAAACGCCAACGCUUUCUCCAUGGCUUUCCCUCUUGAGGCUGCCACUGCCAACAACGAUGCUACAUCGACCAACGCUGAUGCCUCCGCUGCUGAAAGCUCUGAGCCCGCCAAGUCCUCUGACGCUAAGACUGAAGAGUCCAGCCCUGCUGCCAAGGAAGAGGAGAACAAGGAGGAGGAAGAGAAGAAGCAAGAAGAAAGCAAGCCCGAAGAGGAGAAGAAGGAAGAAGAGAAGAAGCAAGAGGAAAGCAAGCCCGAAGAGAAGCAGGAAGAAGAGAACACCACCUCUGAGUCUCAGGAGGAAGACGAAGACCUUGAAUCUGCUGCUGUUACCUUCAAAUUGGCUGCUUCCAUGAUGGCCGUUCCCGCCAUUAUUGCUGGUGCCUUGCUUGCUUAAAUGAAGGCGAUUUCGCAACCCCAUCAGCUACUCACCCCUUCAUUCACUCUUUAAAAUUUUCAAUUUCGUGUACUUAGCAUAUACCAUUAAUAAAUGUGCGAGGUUUUGAGUUAAAAAAAC